AUGCGAGCGCAGUUCUCAUCAAUUGCUGCUGGUCAAUGGUUAUCUAUCCGGCUGUCGAUUAUAGCCGUGAGUAUCGUUGCAGCGAUUGCCGUUUCGGCAGUGAUACAGCAUCAAAUCACGGGAGUCGAUUCAGGCCUUGUCGCGUUGGCAAUAACGUACGCGUUAUCGCUGACCAGCCUACUGAACGGACUUUUGGGUUCCUUCAUCGAAACCGAGAAAGAAAUGGUAUCUGUUGAGAGGAUAGAUGACUACCUCACAAAUGUACAAUUGGAAGAUGACAGUGGCGAAGGGGUGUCAUUGCGAUAUAAUAGCUAUUUGCCGCUGGCUCUUGAUAAUAUCAACCUCUCAAUAAACGCUGGCGAGAAAGUGGCGAUUGUUGGUAGAACGGGCAGCGGGAAAAGCAGUAUAUUCCAGGCCCUCCUUCGGAUGAUAUCAAUAGAAUCUGGUAAAAUAUUGCUGGAUGGAGUACCCAACUUCAUCGAUUCCUCUGCCUGUGUUACGGCCGGAUCACUUUUCGAGAAUCUGAUAGUCGGCUGUGAGCACGUCGACACAAGUCAAGUUGCCACUAUCGCUCGUGUGGCACAUCUAGAUACCCUAAUGACUCGAAUUGGUGGUCUAGAUGGCCUGAUUGACGAAGGCGGCAAGAACUUGUCGUUUGGAGAACGACAAAUCAUCUCAAUUUGCCGUGUUCUGUUAGCAAAAUGCAAGGUGGUACUGAUCGAUGAGGCAACAUCACAUUUGGAUGAAACAGUUCAUCGUCGAAUGAUGUCGUUGAUUUCCGUUCACUUACCAAUGGCGACAGUCAUAUGUAUCACACAUGUUCUUCACGGGCUGUCCGAGUUUGAUACGGUAAUAGAGAUGGCAAACGGGAAAGUGCUUCGUCAAGGACCCCCAAUGGAGCCGAUUUCUCAUGAAAUUCGGUCUUAA